CAAGCUAGAUGCAGAGAACAGGCAAGGACUAACCAUGUUUUAUUUCUUCACAGCUCUUCAAAGAUUUCUUCAAAGAGCAUCAAGAAAAUUAAGAGGUUUAGGUGCCAGUUUGAGAUUAGAGGAAGAAAAUGAAAUUGAAAACAGGAAGCAGAGAGAGGCAGGUUCCAACUAACCUUCAUGCCAUUUCCCCCCAAGUGGAGAAGAAUGUUGACAGUGAUUGACCUGUCACAUGCCAGUUCUCCACAUGCCUGUAGUUCAGCUGCUGGAAAUAGGCUCUGCUGAGCCACUGCAGGACACCAACACAUCCACUGCCAGAGAUGGGUGCAGAUAGAGGGAAGCAACUGCAAGCUUGCCAGAAAUCAUUAUCUUCUGUUCAAGUCAGGCACACAACAAAUAAAGUCUCACCAGAUCCACAGAUUGACGGAGAAAGAAGAACAUUUGGUGUUCCUCUGGAAGCUCUCAUACAGGAUGCAACACAAUGUGAAGUCCCUUUUCUCGUCACGCAGAUGGUGGAGUACCUAGAAGUAUUUGGUCUGCAACAUGUUGGUAUAUUUCGAAUCAGUGGUUCAGCGAAUAAAGUCAAAGAAUUAAAGCAAAAGUACAAUCAAGGAGAAAAGGUAGACCUCAUUAAUCAUGGAGAUGUUGAUUCUGUAGCCAGCCUUCUGAAACUGUUUCUAAAAGAACUGCCAGUGGCUGUUUUUCCAGAUAAUGUCUGUGCUGGCCUGCUAAAAACUUUCCAAGAGCACAAAAUCCACACAGCAGAAUGCAUAAAGAAUCUGAGACAGUUACUCAGCUGCCUGCCCAAAGCCCAUCAAAACCUUCUGCAGUUCCUGUCUGCUUUUCUGUUAAAGAUAGCAACAUACAGUGCAGUGAAUUUCAUGACUCUGGAAAACCUAGCUGUUGUGUUUGGACCUGCUCUUUUCAAGAUCCCUGUCGGUCCCUUGGCUUGUGAAGAACAAAGGCUUUACAAUGGCCUCCUGCUGUAUUUGCUUCAACACUAUGAGGUGCUUUUUGUUGAGCUGAACCCUGGUUUCUCACCAAGACAAGCAGAUGGCCUUCAGAAGAACAAUACAGAAGAUGAGGAGAGAGACAGAUCAGCAUUAUUAAGCAUUCAGGAUAAUUCCUUCAACACCACAGCUUUAGCAGAGUGUGACAGGGAUUCGGACUCUGUACAUGAAGAUCAAGUGGCCAGUUGCAGCACCAGAGAUGAUGAUAACAAAGAAAAUUAUCUGGACAACACUGCUAUCUUAGGAGAAAGGCAGCUGCAUUUGCAAGACAACCAGCAGCAUAAGGAGCAGGCAGUAACUGACUAUGCUCUAAAGCCUGACAUGGGCAACUUAAAGCUAAGAAAGCCUAAGCCCUUGGCAAAGCUAGAAAAUGGAAAAAGCCAUGAGGAAAGUCAGGAGCUGGAGAGCUCAUUGCCAGGCCUCUCAGACUGGCAGGAGAAGGAAGGAUCCUCAGCUAAUGACUAUGCACAGAAUGUGUCUUUCAGAUGCCAGGAAGAAGUCGUGAGGUUUCAGCCAAGUCUAGAUCAGAAAGCAUAUAUUUCACAAAAGGAAGCAACUGAGCAACUGCACAGCUUAAGUGAGAAUUCUUUGUUGAAGCUACAAGCCCUCGAAACCGAUCUGUGCUCUGCAUUUCUGCCAACCCAGGAGGAAACUCCUCAGCUGCCGGCACCCAAGGAUCCAACCCCUUCAUCAGUCCAAACCAGUGUGCAUCCUGAUGGGGCCAGUUGUGGAGAGCCUGUACCAGCCCAGAGAGACUGGCAGAAUGACAGCAGCCCACAAGAACAUCACUCCCUAGGGACCAGUCGACUACUGUAUCACAUUACUGAUGGAGACAAUCCUCUUUUGUCACCACGCUGCUCUAUCUUUAGCCAAAGCCAGAGAUUUAAUCUAGACACAGAGUCUGCCCCUUCUCCACCAAGUGCUCAACCUUUCAUGACACCAAGAAGUUCUUCUAGAUGUAACUGUGAAGAGUGCAAAGAACCACAAACAAUUGCACAACUCACCAAGCAUCUUCAGAGUCUCAAGAGAAAAAUCAGAAAGUAUGAAGAAAAGUUUGAGCAAGAAAAAAAAUACCUGCCUUCACAUGGUGACAAAACUUCGAAUCCUGAAGUUCUGAAAUGGAUGAAUGAUUUGGCCAAAGGUCGCAAGCAGCUCAAAGAGUUGAAACUCCGAAUGUCAGAAGAACAAAACCGUACCUCCAGAGCAGCCCAAAGAAAUGAUCAUUGUGAAAGCACUGGGACCUCUAAGGAGACCGGGACACGGGAGGCCACAAGCAUGGAACCAGCUCCAUCAGUAGAAGAAACCAUGGAUGGUGUACUAAGACGACUGAAGGAGAAAAGACAGCACUUCAACAUUCCGGAGACUAUUAAGGAUAUGACAAAAAAGCAUAUGGCUUUGGAAAAAAUCAGUCUUCAGAAAUGCCUAAUGUAUUCUGAGAGUAUUCAUGGACAGCCUGUAACUAAACAAGAAAAGAGUCUUAUGAAGCCUCUUUAUGACAGAUAUAGAAUUAUCAAGAAGCUUCUUGGAACUCCAUCUUUGAUCACAACAAUUCAGGAAGAAGAAGACUCAGAUGAAGACCAUUCUCAAAGCAGCCAUGAGCUAUCAUCUGGUCCAAUAUCUUGCCUCCCUGUUGAUGAGCAUCUGUGUUACUCUCAGGAGGAGAGCGAGCCUGCAUAUGUUUCACCUCUGGAUGAAAAGAAAGUUUUCAGACCAACAGCCCUGUCUAUGUCCAACUUACAUGAGGCAACAAUGCCUGUUCUACUUGAACAUCUCCGAGAAACAAGAGCAGAUAAAAAAAGGCUUCGCAAGGCUCUGAGGGAGUUUGAAGAACAAUUCUACAAGCAGACAGGAAGGAGUCCUCUAAAAGAAGAUCGUGUAUCAAUGGCAGAGGAAUACUCUGAAUACAAGCACACAAAAGCCAAAAUCAGGCUCUUAGAGGUUCUCAUCAGUAAACAUGAUGUUUCCAAAACAAUUUGAAAUUAAUGCAAUGAAGUGGUGUUAUUCUCUAGCAAAACAAACAAGAACAAUAACAAAAAAAAAUGAGGCAGUUGUCUUACAGGUCUUGGUCUUCUGCACAAUUAUUUGACACACUGAGAUUUUUUGAUGCACUUUACCAAUUAUACAAGCUGGUAUGAGCGAGGACAGCAAUAUACAAGAAUAUUAAGUGUGGGUGAGUGACCUAUAGUAUAUAUUUUUUUCCUUUGAAAAAGCCUUGAAGUGCACUGUGAAAAAUGUUAGAAAUUAAAAGGACAUUAAUGUAUUGUUGAGACUCAGUUUGACCUGUUCUUAGGUUUAAAAAGUGUGAGGAAAUGCUCUCCAGGUUUCUAGUAUAUCUUAGUAUUUGGUAAUGUACCACACAUUUCUUAGCAGGAUUUACACACACUAAUUAACUAUUGCUGUUGGUUCUCAAUACAGAGUUGCCAUUCAAUUCCAGUAGCUUCAAAGAAAGGUGUGUACACGUAACCAGUGACAGGAUUUGGUCUAUAAUUCUGGGAGUAGAGCAAAGUGAUGCUGCCUAUGCAAAAAAAAAAAAAAAAAGAAAAAAAAAAAGGAAAAAAAAAAAGGAAUGAAUAUGACUACCAAAUGGAGAUAGUAUUUUUUUUUUUCUUUUUAGAAAUAAGAGUAAGCAUUUGGCAAAAUAAACAGGUAGUCUACUGGGAAGAGAUAAAACAAAGGUAGUGUAUGCUGUCCUUUUCACUAUGGUUUAUAGGACCAGUCGUGUGGUACAUAAAAUUCAGUAAAUAGGUCAACUACAUGCUAAUUUUUAUUUCUGUAUUGAACUUUUGCACUUUAUUUUGCCUGAUACUAAUUUGCUUUUCUAAUUACCAAAGCUCGUUUAGAAGCAUGCACUUUGUAAAAUGUCAAAGUAUUUCCUGUGUUAUAAAUUACCAUAUAGAUAAAUAUAUAUAUAUAUAUAAAAGACAAGACUAGAUUAUUGCAUUAUGCUAAGAUAUUUUGGAUAGAUUAAAGUACAUGGUAUAUAAUUGAGUGUCACGGUUAUCUGUUGAGGAACGCUAGACUUCUCAUUUACUAUAAAUAAGAUUAUAAAAAAAAUAUUUUUCCAUUGGAAUUAUGCAUCUUUCUUAACUUUCAGAGCACCACAUUUUGUAAUAUUAAGGAUUUUUUUUUUUCAAUAUUUGUGAUAAACCAUUUGUGUUAAAAGUGAACUGUUAACAGAAGGCUUAUCAACAUUUUUGUACUGCAAAUGAAAACUAGGGAUUCGGGGAAAUACCUAUCCCAGACAUAAAGGAAGGAAGAAUGAAAACAGAAAAAGGAAGUAAGUUGAAUCAUGUUUAGUGUUCUGCUUUAACUGUCAUUUUGUAUUGACCACACAGUAUAAGCAACCUGUUUUCUAUCUAUCUUGGUAAGAAAAUUUUCAUUUUAUAAAGCCUAUUAUGUACCAACCACAUUUGUACUUACAUUGUAUGUAAUGGCUCAGCAUGAUUUUGAAGAUGUACGUUCCUGUUUUCAAGUAGCUUGGAGGAAAAAGUAUGAUGACUAAAAAUGAUUUUUUUAUUUCUUAGAGGUUUGUUGUUUCGGUGUACUGAUUUAAUAAUUUAUAACUUUUAUGAAUCAGAAUGGUCUCCUUCGUAAAUCUGUUUUAAUUAAAGUCAGCUAGAGCAACAGUAACAGAUACAGAGCUAUUUGAAGUUUACAAACUACAUCUUUGAUAAGGGAAAAUGAUUUCAUGACAUGUACACAAUUGAUAUUAAAAUGUGAUCUAUAUAUUCUAUAUGAUUGUAUAAUAUUUUAUACAACAGUACAAAUAAAAUAUUUUUCUAUUAUA